AAAAAUAAAAUGACGGGAGGUUUAAUUGUUGCCGGUUUGGGUCUCGCUGCAGUCGGAUUUGGAGCUCGAUAUGUCCUUCGAAAUCAGGCGCUUAUUAAAAAAGGAAUGGAGGCGAUUCCAGUUGCUGGUGGAGCUUUUAGCAACUAUUAUCGUGGAGGUUUCGAUCAAAAGAUGUCACGAGCCGAAGCAGCGAAAAUUUUGGGCGUUGCGCCGUCAGCAAAACCGGCGAAAAUUAAGGAAGCUCAUAAAAAAGUCAUGAUUGUAAAUCAUCCAGAUAGAGGAGGAUCUCCAUAUUUGGCUGCCAAAAUCAACGAGGCCAAAGAUUUGAUGGAAUCAUCGAAAAGCUGAUCGAAAAAAACUAUUAUUUCUUCUAUUUUAUGUUUUGUUUUCAUUAGUGUGAUGUAGAAUCAAUGAAAUAUCAGAUUU